AUGAAUAGUACUAAACUUCCACACCACUUAUGGUAUUACACAGUGCAAUAUGCUCAUAUUAUCCCUAAUUUCAUAUACAAUAAUGCUAUGGAAGACUCACCUCGAUCUAAAGUAGGUUUAUUAGUCUUUAACUGGAAAUUACUGCUUUCAUUCGGUCAGCCGGUUAUUAUCAAUCUUAAUAGAAUUGCUUCUAAACUUUGCAUCAAAGGAGAAAAAGGUUUUGCUCUGGUUCUUGAUGCGGAAUCUUAUGGUUACCUAUUCCACUUUCCAGUCAAAUGUAAAGUGGCAUCCUCGUUCAAUUUUAUAUCCAUUAAAAAUAACAUUGAUGUUGAUGAAAACGAGGAGUAUAGUGACUCUAUUUUUGAUAACUUCAUCUUUUAUGUCUAA